AUGGGAUGGCGAUGCGACAGAGUCAUUGCACUCGCGUGCGUGCAGCUGGCCUUUUGUCUUGGUGUCCACGCACACAUGCAAGAGUCUGGAUCAAUUCGUUCACAGGGCCCGUUUCGUUUCGUGUUUGCUCAGCUCGAAGAAGCAUCAAAGAAGGAAAGCCAUGAAGAGUUCAUCGAGAAUUGGCUCCUCACUGGGCUUUUCAUCGUCAUUAUCAUCUCUUCUAUCAUAUUCGAGGUGCUGGUUGAGUUGUUGCAGGAGUGCUUGCGGCAUCGAGGGUUACACAAGCUUCAAGAUAUGCUGACUUGCGCAUUCAAGGAGCUUACAAUCCUAGGUUUUAUCAGUUUGUUCCUCUAUUGCGCCACUCGCCUAGGUGCUGUGCGAAAGUUGAACGACAAGUACUUGGGUGUUUCGAAAACGGAAGAGGUAGCGAUACAGGAAGCAGAAGCACAUGGCGAAGUCCCAUAUCCUCCAACCCAUCUAACAGAGACCUUCGAGACCAUUCAUGUUUUAAUUUUCAUGAUCAUGGUGGCCUUUAUCGUGCAAGUGGCUGUUCUCACCGCGGUUGGAUACCGCACGAUGAAGGAACUUGAAUACCUGGAUGCAAAAACCUCAGAUGAUUUAAGAAAGGACGUCACUUCUCUUCUUGAAGGCGGCUAUGGUUACAAAGGCAGCGUCCGAAAAGCCUUGGAGCACUGGGGCAUUAAACGUCGAUUUAUUUCGGCCACGAAUCCUCUCAUGCCAAAGCCUCGGCGCCCCGAACCUGGAUUUCCAAAGUUCUCGUUCGCCGCCUACCUGAUCCACUGCUUCGGGGAGAGUCUCUCUGUCAUGAUUGAACUUCCUCCCAGCAUUCUCGUCCUUACGUUGCUCAUAGUGGUACUUUUGAGGCCUGCUUUGUCACUCCCAGGGCGCGAAAUUAUAAUCUUCAUGGUCAUCGCCGCAUUUGGCCUGCUCUUGCUCACAUGUCUUGCAUAUGCAUUUCUCAAAUUCGCGGAUGCGAAAGUUAGACCGGAUUCAGGAGCGCUGGUUCCUCUCUUCAGCUCACAGGCCGUUGAUCCCGAAGCGUCGGACAAGGCAUUCCAUUGCCCAAUAGAUGACAGACCACUGGCAACUAUGAAGGAUUGGCCCCGGAAACACGUCGUCAAUCGUGCGGCAGCCCUGUUUCCUUUCGGCAAUCCCCGCUACUACAGGCGGCUUUUGCAGCUUCUCCUUUUCUUCCACGCAGCGUACACCGCCAUCUUGCUGAUGUGUUUCUUCGCUCAGGAGCACGGUUCCCGAUACAUUUGGUGGAAGAAUGCUUAUUGGGCGUAUCCGCUGACUCUUGUCCCCUUGUGUGUAUCUUUCAUUUUCUGGGCACGGCUCCUAAAAACCUUCACAACCGUGUUUCACGUGGAUUUCCUUGCAAAUCCCACUACCAUAAGAGAGGUAGAAGCUGAGCAAGACAAGGCUGUUGUGCAGCGUGAUGCUCAGAUCCUUGAAUUUUUAAUGCAUCAAGUACAUCACCAAAAAAUGCUCCUCGGCAAGCUGUUUGAAUCACUUGACACUGAUGGAAACCAGCGGAUCUCUUUAGAUGAAUUGGAAAAAGCUCUCAGCGGGAUGAGACCGCCUAUCAGUCAAAGCGAGAUCUUGUCCUUGCAACAAAGAAUAUCGGCAGAUGGGGUUAAUAUCACAGAGGAUAGUUUAUGUGCGUGGGCCAGAAGAACACGGAUGAAAUCACGCUCUUCCAUCUUCGGCGAAGAACGCCAAAACCACAGAAGGAGUUCCGCCUAUACGCAGGCUUCCGUACAGUGUCGUCGGGGGAAAUACUCUUUUAAUUCACUGAUUUCCACGUCCUGGAUUACCUUGCAGGACGCGUUGGGUGCCUUGAUGACCGACUUGCGUGCUUGCGCCGGCUCAACUGCAUGUAUGAAGGCUCUGAGAACUCUACAUAUGCAGGUCUUCAGACUCAGCCCACCGCCCACCGGCCAGCCAGCUUCCCUAGAAGCUUGGAAGCACAUUGACCACAAAGAUUCUAUGAAACAGUGCAACACCGAUUCUUGCAACAAAAGACAGAGGGCCCUCCAGCCCCGUAGCGAGGCAGAAGACUGCCCCUGCUGCAGCCCCAAGCACGGUGGAAUAUCUGGAGCUUUGUUAUCCGAGAUCCUACAUUUUAUUCACUGGAAAGGAACAUACAGACAUGCAUUGUGUCCUCCGCUCGCCUCCUCUCCAUGCAAUUCUUGCAAGUGCUUGCAGCCCCGUUCAGCUUUAGCAGCAGCAGCCCGUACUCCUCCCGCCGGGCCUGUAUAUAAAUUGUUCUUGUCGAGGGAAUAA